AUGCGGUUCUCAACUAUCUUUAGCUUUCUUCCAGUCGUCCUCGGUUUUCCUGCGCAACACCUCGAUUUUGCCGACUAUGGCCUGACGCGUCGUGCCGACCCUUCCCUCACUGGCUACCUAGGCGUCUUCUUCCUCGGUGACAAACCCUCUGUCUAUUUCUACCUAUCCAAAGGCAACAAUGCGAACUCAAUGGUCGCUCUGAACAAGGGCCAACCCGUUAUCAACCCAACCAAGGGUACGUUGGGCGUGCGCGACCCAUCCAUCAUACCCGGUGGAGCAGGUGAAGCGGGCAAAAAGUGGUACAUUAUCGGUACAGAUCUCAACAUUGCCACUACCACAUGGGACGCUUCGCAGCGCACAGGCUCGCGAGGUAUCUAUGUGUGGGAGUCUACCGAUCUAGUCACUUGGACCAAUGAACGACUUGUCACCGUCGAAGACGCCACAGCCGGUAUGGUAUGGGCUCCAAGCGCCAUCUACGACACAGCCAAAGGCCAGUACUUCGUGUAUUGGUCUAGCAAAUUCUACCCUACCUCCGACCCCAACCACACAGGAAGCCCCUCCUCAACUCGCAUCCGCUACGCCUACACCAGUGACUUCAAAACUUUCUCCGCCCCUCAAGACUACGUCAACAAAUCCCCCACCAACGUCAUCGAUCUCGAGUUCCUCUCCCUAGGCAACAACGCCUACGCCCGAUUCAUCAAAGACGAAAGCGCGAAAACCGUGUUCACAGAGGUUUCGACAAACGGCCUCUUUGGCAUGUGGACUAGACCCGCUGGCGCAAAUGCUAUCAUUGCGUCUGGCGUCGAGGGUCCUGCGCCAUACUGGGAUAACGCGGUGGCAGGGAAAGCACAUCUGUUGUUGGACUUUUAUGGGGCGGAUGGGUAUCGUCCGUAUGAGAGUACGGAUGUCAAAGGCGGAAAGUGGAGCGCGAGCGAUAGGAGUGCUUGGCCUAAGAAUCUGAGACAUGGGAGUGUGAUGGGGAUUACGGAUGCGCAGAUUAAGGCGCUGAAGGCGAAAUGGGGGGCUUGA